AUGCUUCUCCUGAAAGGGUCCAAUGUUGACGCGACGACGGGUUACCGGGAGACUCCUCUCCACCUGGCUGCUUCCAAGGGCCAUGCGCUGUGCAUUUCUGAGCUUCUGCUGGGCGGUGCAAACAAGGACGUGGUCGAUGAUAGAGGUGAAACGGCAUUGUGCACGGCAGCAAAAAAUAACCGCCUCGAGGCUGUCGAAGAGCUUCUGGGUGCUUGUGCCAACUACGGCCUGCGUACCGAAGGCACGCGUUGUUCUCCACUCGAGAUUGCUGCACACGGAGGUCACGCGGACGUCUUAAAGGCCUUGCUUGACAAGGACAGUAGUCAACUCGACGACACUGAUGGUGAGGGAUGGGCAGCUCUACACUAUGCUGCAGUUGUUGAUGGACCUGUCCGUGACAACGGCGAUGCUGUGCGUGUACUGUUGGGAGCUGGGGCUGAUGUCAACGAGACGAACAACAACGACUCCUGCUUUACGCCGCUCCAUAUUGCCGUUAACGGUCGGAAAGUAUCGGACGGCACGGUUCGCGCCCUGUUGGAGGGAGGAUCCAAUAUCCAUGCGCGCGCUCUACUCGAUCAGACGCCACUGCACAUUGCUUGCAAGCAUGCGAGUGUGACCGGCGUGGAGCUUCUACUGCGUUGGGGAGCAGAUGAGAAGCUCACGAACAACGUUGGAAAGACGCCCGCAGACGUGAUAAGACCGCGGCGACAGAACGACUUCGACGACGAAGAAGAACGCGAGGCCGACAACCAGCGCAUUCGCCGGAUGCUUGAACAUGCUCCAGCCGACAGGUCAUGGCGCCGCCGUGGCUGGCUGGUGCUGAGCCGUUCCUGCCCGACCAGGGUAGAGAUCUAA